AUUACAGGUGUGUGUCACCAUGCUUGGCUAAGUGUUCCAUUUUGAAGAUAAAAUACUUUAGUUAUGGUAAUUUGUUGAGAAUUAAAUCCACAUCGAAGCAGGCACAAUUAUUGCUUUUAACAGUGUGGAUGCCUGAGUCAUUUUGUUUGUUUGUUUGUUUGUUUAUCACAGUGUCUCACUAUGUAGCCCACAGCGAUCCUCCUGCCUCAGUCUGAAGUGCUGGGAUCACAGGCGUGCGCCACCACACCCAGCCACUGAGUCCUCUCUUUACACCAGCUGUUGCUCAGUAAUUUAAGGAGAGUGAAAUAAAUACAAGGUAUCCUGAGAUGGAGGAGGUUAAGAUUAAGAUUAUCCUCCCCUUCCGCUCGGCCGCCGACUUGCCAUCCACACUGAGGAAGACCCGGAGACUUCGGGGCCACGCGAGCCACGGCCACGGCCAUCGGCCCCGGAAGCACCCGGGAGGCCGGGGUAACGCGGGUGUCAUGCGUCGGCACAGGAUCAACUUCGACAAACAUCGCCCAGGUUACCUUGGGAAGGUGGGUAUGAGGCGUUGCCACUCAAAGAGAAACCAGAGCGUCUGCCCAACUGUCAACCUUGAUAAACUGUGGACAUGGGUCAGUGAGCAGACACGAGUAAGCGCUGCCAAAGACAAGAAUGGGUUGGCUCCCAUCGUGGAUGCAGUGCGAUCGGGCUACUUAAAGUUCUGGGGGGGGGGGAGGAAACUCCCAAAGCAGCCUGUCAUUGUGAAGGCCAAACUCUUCAGCAGAAGAGCUGAGGAGAAGAUUAAGGGUGUCGGGGGGCCUGUGUCCUGGUGGCUUGAAGCCACAGGACAGGGGGCUCAUUAAAUACCAACAAAUUGUUUGCAAAAAAAAAAAAAAAAA